GGCUCAAAGAGAGAUGUGAUGGACAACGAAGAUUGAGAAGCAAGAGGCUUCGGGAUGCUUUCUGCCCGUGCGUUUAGCCAGACGCGAAGGGCAGUUGCUCCACGACUACUGCUGCUACGGCGACGCACCUUUUAUGAGGAUGCAGCCUCAACAACUAACACUCUCUACUUGGAGAGCCUCUACACGCAGUACCAAGCCGACCCUUCAAAGCUUGAUGCCAAAUGGGGCGAUUACUUUGCAGCAAUGGAAGCUGGCCAAAAAGCAGAGCCUCCAGCAAUGGGCUCAAGUUUGAGGCAACUCGGAAUCGAGACUCGUUUGGCAGCGGCUGUGACAUCUGGCGAAACAGCUACAGGUCUCGUGGCAUCCAGCAGCGGUGCAGGCGGAUUGCAGAACUUGAUCCGUGCACACCAAGUGCGGGGUCAUGAGGCAGCUUCGCUGGACCCUUUAGACCUCCACAGCUGGCGUGAUUGGGAAGAGAAGGGCUUAGCAGCAAGCGUGCCAGAGCUGGAUCCAACCUACCACGGCUUUUCAGAGGCAGACUAUGAGAAAACAUUUGAUGUAAGCUUUGCUGGUCUCAACAAGAGUGCAACUCUUGGGGAAAUUGUGGACACUUUGAGAAACGUCUAUUGCAACACCAUUGGCGUGGAAUACAUGCAUAUUGGAGACCUACAAAAAUUCGAUUGGAUUCGAACCCGGGUGGAGAGCCCUGACUUUCUUCCUAGCGACAAAGAGAGGCUCAUCAAGAUUUAUAGUGAAUUGAUGAAGGUUGACACGUUCGAGCAGUUUCUCAACACCCAAUACAAGACCACGAAGCGGUUUGGAGUUGAUGGUGGAGAGGCAUCCGUGGCUGGUGUAAAUGCUGCAAUUGAGCGUGCAGCAGAGAUGGGAGUACAGGAGGUUGUGAUUGGGAUGCCACACCGUGGACGUCUCAAUGUUCUCACGAAUGUGGUUGGGAAGCCUUUGGUUCAGAUGUUUGCUGAGUUCAAGGGCACGCAUUAUGACUUUGAGAACCUAGUUGAAAAGAGCCAGACGGAUGAUUGGCUCUUUGCGGGUGAUGUCAAGUACCACUUGGGGACAUCCAAUGUACGGGAAUUUGCCAGCGGAAAAUCCGUUCUUGCUACGCUGGAGGCCAACCCAUCACACUUAGAGACCGUGAACACUGUGACGCUCGGGAGAGCACGUGCCAAGCAGUACUACUUGGGCAACACCGCAGAAACGAGGUCAAGAGUGAUGCCGAUCCUUUUUCACGGGGAUGCGUCCUUUGCUGGGCAGGGCGUUUGCUACGAAACUCUUCAGCUCGCACAUGUUCAAGAGUUCGAUGUUGGUGGGACUAUACAUGUGAUCAUCAACAAUCAGGUGGGCUUCACCACAGACCCCGUCGAUGACAGAUCCACCAUGUAUUCAUCUGAUCUUGGCAAAGGCUUUGGGCUGCCAGUGCUGCAUGUGAAUGGCGAUGAUCCUGUGGCUGUCACGUCCGCGUUUCAGCUUGCUGCAGAGUGGCGUCAGACUUGGGCAACUGAUGUUAUAGUUGAUGUCAUUUGCUACAGACGGUUCGGGCACAAUGAAACUGACGCACCAGAGUACACCCAGCCGAUGCUUUACAAGCAGAUUGCUAAACAUCCUCGAACACACGUAGUAUUUGAGCAGAAGCUUUUGGCAUCUGGUUCCGUGAGUCAAGCAGAGAUGGACUCAAUCAGAGCAAACCUUUGGAAGCAGCACGAAGAGGCCUUUGCCGCGGCUGAUGCCUUUAAGCCUGAUGAGGACAUGGGCAACUGGGUAGCGACCAAGUGGGAAGGCUUCGUGCGACCAACAGACAAGGCCUCCUCACAUCCAACAGGUGUAGAUCUGGAACUCCUCAGAAAGAUUGGUGCGAAGCUCUGCGAAGUUCCUGAAGGCUUUAAGCUGCACAAUGGCUUGAAGCGCCAGCUCAAAAAGAAGCUCGAGGACAUCGAAAGCGGCGAGACCAUCGACUGGGCCACUGCAGAAGCAAUGAGCUUUGCAUCACUCCUUUUGGAAGGCAACCAUGUUCGCAUUACAGGUCAAGAUGUCCAGCGUGGCACCUUUGCUCAUCGACAUUGCGUAGUGAAAGAUCAAAACACUGGUCAAGACUAUUGCUUUCUGAACAACUUGGACUUGGGGCCUCAGGAGAAUUUCAUUGCUCGCAAUUCAAUCCUCUCAGAGUAUGGCGUGCUCGGCUUUGAGCUCGGAUACAGCUACGAGAAUCCGCGGGCUCUAGUGAUUUGGGAAGCUCAGUUUGGGGACUUCGCAAACACUGCGCAGGUCAUGAUUGAUCAGUUUGUCUCUGCCGGGGAGCACAAGUGGCUGCAACAGAGUGGUUUGGUCAUGCUCCUGCCGCAUGGAUAUAUGGGACAAGGUGCCGAACACUCGUCCUGCCGCUUGGAGCGCUUUCUGCAGCUCAGCGACGAUGAUGAAGAUGACAUUCCAGCUUUCGAGAACGACUUUGGCCGCAACCAAGUCCAAAAGGCGAAUUGGCAGGUCAUGAACAUCUCCACCCCAGCAAACUAUUUCCAUGCCCUGCGGCGGCAACAACAUCGAGAUUUCCGGAAGCCUAUGGUCUUGGCAUCACCCAAGAAUCUUUUUCGCCUACGUCAGUGUGUAAGUCAGUUGAGCGAUAUGGGUCCUGGAUCGAGAUUCCGCCGGCUUAUUCCAGAACGUGAUACUAAGAUUGCUGAUAACCCCGAGAAGGUCAAGAGGCUUGUCUUUUGCAGCGGGAAGCUCUACUAUGAAUUGGUUGCUGAGCGCGAGCAGCUUGGUUUGGACAAUGUAGCCAUCGUUACUUUGGAGCAGAUUGCUCCUUUCCCCUUCGAUCGGGUGAAGGCAAUGUUGGAGAUGUAUCCAAAUGUUGACAUUGGUGAUGGCAUACAUCCCGGCAAUGCCAUUUGGCCGUGGUGGAGCUGCUGUGCAAUUUCGGCAAUUUGGGAUCAGAAGUUGUGCCUGCACCAGUUAUUUGGUGUCAGGAAGAGCCCAAGAACAUGGGGGCCUGGUCCUACGUGAGGCCAAGAUUCGUUACUACUAUGAGAGAAGGCCUUGAGAAGGAUAUGGUUAUGCGUUAUGUGGGUCGCCGAGCAAGUGCAUCACCCGCAACAGGGUAUCCCAAAUUGCACAAUGCGGAGCAGGAGGCCCUCGUAAAGGAGGCCCUGGUGGGACAUGACGAUGAGAAUUGGACAGUGCAGAGACCGUCUUCUUUGCUGGGCCAUCAGACCUAGG